UUUGUUGCGCGGUUCAGACAGCGGUCAGUUGGAGCCCCUGUGUCGCGCCUGCGGGGCGGGGCGCCUGUGGGCCCCGCCCCUCAGGCCGGCCCCACCUCAAGGCCGCCCCGCCCCUCCCGCUGUGGCGAGCUCGGGCGCGGCGCGAGGCGGGCGCUAGGGCGCCAGCAGUCCUGCCGCGGCGACAAUGAUGGACCGGGAGCCAGUGAACCGGGAGGAGGGAGGAGAAGCAGUGGGUGUCUCCGGAGCUGCGGCCGCCUCGGCGUUCAGGGAAUCGUCUGGGCAGAUGAAUAAUGACAGAGGCUUUGAAAAUGUAGAACUGGGAGUCAUAGGAAAAAAGAAGAAAGUCCCAAGGAGAGUCAUCCACUUCGUUAGUGGUGAGACAAUGGAAGAAUACAGCACAGAUGAGGAUGAGGUCGAUGGCCUGGAGAAGAAGGAUGUUUUACCCACUGUUGAUCCGACAAAACUUACCUGGGGCCCAUACUUAUGGUUUUACAUGCUUCGUGCUGCCACAUCAACCCUCUCAGUAUGUGACUUCCUUGGAGAAAAGAUUGCGUCUGUUUUGGGCAUCAGCACCCCAAAAUACCAGUAUGCCAUCGAUGAGUAUUACCGGAUGAAGAAGGAGGAAGAAGAAGAAGAAGAAGAAAAUAGAAUGUCUGAAGAAGCAGAAAGGCAGUACCAACAAAAUAAGAUGCAGGCUGAUUCCACUGUCCAGUCAGAUCAACCAGAAACACUGGUAUCCAGUUCAUUUGUGAAUCUCAAUUUUGAAAUGGAGGGAGAUUGUGAAGUAAUUAUGGAAAGCAAACAAAAUCCAGUCCCUGUCCCUCUGUAGAAUGAAAUGACUAUCAAACUUCUAAGGUUUUUUUUUUUUUUUUUUUAAACCAGAAACUUCACAUUCUAUAUUCUGUGGGACUUAAUACAGUUAUUUAUACUUUAAAUUAUUAAGUUAUCUGCAAAGGAAAAGUGUUUCUUUAUUCUUAGGCUCUAUCAAAAGCCAGAUUUGAAAUUUGGAUAUUUGUACUAUGCUUUUAACUGUGUCAAAUUAGUACUUUGGUUUUAAAAUGAUCUUUAAAAAAAUUUAAGGACAUUCUAGAGCCCUAACCACCAAUUAAAAAGAGUUAAAUUAUCAAGCUUGUCUGUUUAUAAGGAAAAAAUAAUUAGGUAAGUUACUGAUUAAGGCCAGUUGAGCUGGUAUUUGUAGUCUUAGAUUAAAAAUAAGGAUUUUUCCCCCCCUAGAUUUUCUUAUGUCUUACGUUUAUAUAUCUAGCCAUUCAUUACAUACUAAGGAUGGUUCACUGAGUGUGUAAUAAAAGGAGCAAGAUAAAAGCAUUUUGAACUUUCUUUCCUUGAGAAUAAUUUUAUUUCAUGGGAAGGUGAUCAAGUUUAUACACUACCAAAUAUAAAGAUGGUUUUCCAUUUUUUAAUGAAGGCUACUUAAUCUUACAUUCUCUUUUAAUAGUUAGACUUAAAUAACUAAGUUUUAGUGUUAAAAAACACUAGUAAUGGGAUGAAUUUAUUAAUGUAAUUGUAUUCAAAUGGUGAUACCUAGUGAUUAUCCAUAUGGCAUGCUGGUUAUGUCACUCAUUCAGCCCUGAGUGCCUCCUAUGGGUCAAGUAGUUGUAGGAUGAGAGUGAGGAAGAGACGAAGACCGAAACCCUCCAGGGGCUCACUGUUAAAUAGUGUACAAGAUGCAUUGGUAGCAUAAUUAAGUUCUUGUCAUUCAUCACUUCGACAUAACGACAGUGGAUGGUUUACUCGACCCAGGUUGGCCAUCUCUGUACCCACUGUGCUAUUAGCAGGUUUUACAAAUGUAUAAUGUGAAUCCCAUUUUGAAAAUAUUCCUGUAUACGUUCAGAAUCUUAUGUGUGUAUGACUUUGACUUGUAACUAAAUGUGGGUAAGGAAAAAUGUGUGGAGUUAUAACUAAAUGUGAAUAAGGAAAAACGUGUGCACUAUUUCAGAAACACUGCUCUUAACCUAUUCACAACCCUAAAGGGCUUUUAGAGAGUAAUGGUUGUUAGUAGCCUUCUAAAUAGUAUUAAGCUUUCAAUCCUAAAUAUAUCUGUAUAAAGUAUAGCUUCAAAAAAACAACAAAGGCACAUUGGGCUUAUUAUGGAAGUCUUUUAUCAAUGAACAUGAACAUCUGGCCACUAAAUUCUUUAACUGAAAUUUGAAGGAUUUAGAAAAGGUAAUUCUUUAUUAGGAAAUCACAGUUGCAUCGAUUCAUGGUAUAGUGGUUCAUGGUAUGUGUUGAUAAUCCUUUUAGUUAUGGGUAUAAACUAUAUAAUGUAGUGCUUAGAGGUUUAAUCUUCAGAUGAUGUAAUGUCACCAUAAAUUAUAGUUUACCAGUAGCUCUACAGUGCUAACCUGAUAUGUUCCUUGUAAUUUGUUUUUAUCUUCAUUUGAGAAGAUAUUCAAAUUUAGAUACUUAUUCGGUUAUCCAGUGAAGGCAAGCAUAUCUAAAGGCAUCUGAAUCAGCUCUCCCUAGAGGCACUAAAUCCUAAACGAGUUUACUCAGAAACUUACCUGAUUGUAGAAGAUAAUGAUGUAUGAAGGUUUUACAUUUCUUGAAUUUUACUUUUUCUACUUGUCCAACAGUGGCCAGUUUAUAAUGUUUAUAUAGUUAUUCACUGUGCCUUAAAUUUUUAUAUUUUUAUUUAUGCAAACUAUAAAAUUUCCCAUAAAUGCAUUAAAUGGUUUUGUCUUUUUAA